GAUGCCCCUGUGUUUGAGCACCAACUUGUUCUCCAAAUGUUGCAUGGCCUCCCCGAUGAUCUACAAGCCCAAACUUUGUUCCUUCAAUUUCAAGAUCCCAUGCCGAGUUUCCUCCAGGUCCGGUCGGCCCUCCUUCUCCUUGACCGACAACGGACCCCCCUGGGCAGCACCAGCAGCACGGCGCUGCUGGCGGGGCAUGGCGGCAGCAGCCACGCAGGCGGACAGCGCGGCGGGACUGGCAGGCGCGGCUCUUCUAACGGUGGCAACUCCGGCGGUGGGGGACAAUUUUUUGGCAGCAACUAUGGUGAUGGUUCAUCCUCCGGGCAGCGUGGUGGCUUUGGACGCGGACAAGGGCACGGCAACGGCAACCGGGGUCGUGGUCGAGGGCGCCAAAACAGCGGAUCGAGGCAGCGACCACCCACGGACGGGCACAAUUCCUGGAACUCACCGUAUCCAAACCCUAACCUCGGGGUCCAGGCCUUUCAGAUUCUUCAAUAUGUGGCUUAAGCAUGAGGGCUUCAAUGGGCUGGUCUCCCAGUCUUGGGAGGCAGGUGUGGUUGGCUCUAAGCAAUUCUCCUUAUGCUCCAAGCUUAAACGCCUCAAACCCCCCUUAAAAUCCCUCAACAAACAGGCUUUUGGUCAUAUUUCUAGAAGAGCUAUGGAAGCUAAGGAAGAGUAUGGAUUGGUGAUGAAAUGCACAAGUUACUUCCACUCCAUUGUCAAGAAGAACAGGAGGAAAAACAUUGUUGGGUUCUUGGUUACAGAGGAUGGAUCUAAAACUACUUCCAAGAAUGAGGUGGCUAAUAUCUUUGUGGACUACUUUACUACACUGUUUGGCACUACUUCUUCAGUUGAACCCAUUGAGCUGGAGAUUUUGACUGCUGGAACCAGAGUUCCUUCUUCUGCCCAAUCCAGUCUCCUUGCUUCUGUUACACCUGAGGAGGUGAGGGAGGCAGUCUUUGACAUUGGCAAUGACAAGGCUCUAGGCCCUGAUGGCUAUACUGCAGCCUUCUUCAAGGAUCAGUGGGCAGUUGUGGGUAGGGACAUCUAUGAAGCUGUGUUGGAAUUCUUCACCUCAGGGAAAUUAUUGAGACAGAUUAAUCAUGCUAUGAUUGUUCUCAUACCUAAAUCUUCCCAUAAACCAACCGUUAAAGAUUUUAGGCCCAUUGCCUGCCUCAAUGUUCUUUACAAAGUCAUCACCAAGAUUUUGGCUAAGCGUAUGGCUCCUUUACUCCCUGAUUUGAUUGACCCUGCACAAGGGGCCUUUGUCCCAGGGAGAUCUCUUGUGGAUAAUUUCCUCAUUGCUCAACACCUUAUCUGUUGGAACACGGGUUUACGCCUCCGUCGUACUAAACUGUGUUCGUCUUUAUGACAG